AUGAUGCCUGAGCUGAAGCACCUCGGCGGCAUGUUCUUUGCUUCUUGGAGUGACAGCGCGGCGCAGUUGCUGCAGCGCAGGCUCUUCGCACCACUCUUCGUACGCAUCUACCAGUGCAUUUUUCGGCACGACCAUGGGUUGUUCGAGAACUUCUGCGCCGAGGGCGUCAUCAGCUCGCGCCCCGUCCUCGGCCUCGCGCGGCAGAAUUCUCACUGGCCCAGCGCGGCGCCCGCUGGCACCCUCGUCAGCGUCGGGGACGGUGGAGCCGUCGAGGCCGGAGACAAGCGAGGAGUGCCGCAAGAGAAGGAAAAUAACCCCAUGACCGAUCCCAUCGGCCCGCGCCACGCGCUGCCGUUCGCGGCGCCGGUCGAGGCGGCGGCCGCCAUCGAGGCACCCGAGCGCGGCGUGCCGUCGCCGGACGACGAGGGCGAUCCCGAGCCCGCAGAUCCAGGCCCCCAGGAGAGCGCCGCCCACGUGAAGCAGGAGCCCGCCUCGCCAGAGCCGAGCGCCAGCAAGGCCUCCGACGACUCGGCGGAGCGCGGCCCCGCCGCCGUGGCCGCGGAGCUGGAGGCGCUGUGGGCCGAUUUGCCUUCAGACGCCCGUGCGGAGCACUCGGAGGGGCAGUGCGCGCAGCGGCGGCGCAGGGGCAAAGGCGCCCCCGACCUCGGCGCCGGCGGCGCGCCCACGCAGCCGCCUGUGCCGGGCGCCGGGGCCGGCGGACGCCGCUCGGCCCUCAGGAGCCGGCGCGGCGGCGCCGUCGGCGCCAGCCAGCCUCC